UGUGUUAUUACACAUAUAUAUACAAACAUAUAUUGACAUUUUUUGUGUGUUUGUGUUGGAAGGAAGAAAAAAGAAGAGGGAUCAAGAAUGGCACCAGAAAAGUUCAUUGUUGAAGUUGAACCAGCAAAGCCUGCUAAAGAUGGAAGACCAUCAAUGGGUCCUGUUUACAGAAGUCUUUUUGCUAAGGAUGGAUUUCCUCCACCUAUUCCUGGACUUGAUAGUUGUUGGGAUAUUUUUCGUUUGUCAGUGGAGAAAUAUCCUAACAAUCGAAUGCUUGGACACCGUGAGAUUGUAGAUGGAAAACCUGGAAAGUAUGUGUGGAUGUCUUACAAAGAAGUAUAUGACAUUGUGAUCAAAGUAGGAAAUUCCAUCCGUAGCUGUGGUGUAAAUAAGGGAGACAAAUGUGGUAUCUAUGGUGCUAAUUGCGCUGAGUGGAUAAUAAGCAUGGAGGCAUGCAAUGCUCAUGGACUUUACUGUGUUCCUCUGUAUGACACCUUAGGUGCUGGUGCAGUGGAAUUUAUCAUUUCCCAUGCUGAGGUUACAAUUGCUUUUGUCGAAGAGAAAAAACUUCCUGAGCUUCUGAAAACUUUUCCUAAUGCAUCGAAGUACUUGAAGACUAUUGUGAGUUUCGGGAAGGUCACUCCUCAACAGAAGGAAGAGGUUGAAAAGUUUGGGGUGGUUCUGUACUCCUGGGAUGAGUUUCUACAACUGGGAAGCGAAAAACAGUUUGAUCUUCCUGUGAAAAAGAAGGAAGACAUUUGUACAAUAAUGUAUACUAGUGGAACGACUGGAGACCCCAAAGGUGUCUUGAUUUCAAAUACUAGUAUUGUUACUCUUAUAGCUGGAGUAAAGCGUCUGCUUGAGAGUGUGAAUGAGUCGUUGACAGUGGAUGAUGUGUUUCUUUCGUAUCUUCCCCUGGCACAUAUCUUCGAUCGAGUGAUUGAAGAGUGUUUCAUUAAUCAUGGUGCCUCAAUAGGAUUUUGGCGAGGGGAUGUCAAAUUACUAACUGAAGAUAUUGGAGAGCUGAAACCAACUAUCUUCUGUGCUGUACCUCGGGUACUGGACAGAAUAUAUUCAGGUUUGCAAUAUAAAAUUACUUCUGGUGGUCUGCUCAAAAGCACCUUGUUCAAUCUUGCCUAUGCUUACAAACACCGCAAUUUGAAGAAGGGGCAAAGCCACGUUGAAGCUUCUCCGCUUUCUGACAAAGUCGUUUUCAGUAAGGUAAAAGAAGGGUUAGGAGGCAGAGUACGCCUUAUAUUGUCUGGAGCAGCACCCCUUGCAUCUCAUGUGGAAGCUUUUUUGCGAGUUGUGGGAUGUUGUCACGUUCUUCAAGGAUAUGGUUUAACUGAAACAUGUGCUGGUACAUUUGUGUCACUACCAAACCACUAUGAUAUGCUUGGUACGGUUGGUCCUCCAGUGCCCAAUGUGGAAGUGUGCCUGGAGUCCGUCCCUGAAAUGUCAUAUGAUGCCCUGUCAAGCACGCCACGUGGAGAAGUAUGCGUGAGGGGGGACACUCUUUUUUCAGGCUAUUUCAAGCGUGAAGACCUAACAAAAGAAGUCAUGAUUGAUGGGUGGUUCCACACAGGUGAUGUUGGCGAGUGGCAACCUAAUGGUAGCUUGAAAAUAAUUGAUCGCAAGAAGAACAUUUUCAAGUUAUCACAAGGUGAAUAUGUUGCUGUUGAAAAUUUGGAGAAUAUCUAUGGCGAUAAUCCUAUUAUUGACUCGAUAUGGAUAUACGGAAACAGUUUUGAGUCUUUCCUUAUUGCUGUUAUUAACCCAAACGAACGAGCAAUUGAACACUGGGCCGAACAUAAUGGCAUAUCUGGGGAUUUUGCUUCCUUGUGUGAAAAUGCGAAAGUGAAAGAGUAUAUAGUUGGAGAGCUUGCAAAAACUGGAAAAGAAAAGAAGCUGAAGGGCUUUGAGUUCAUAAAAGCUGUACACCUUGAUCCUCUUCCAUUUGACAUGGAACGAGACCUUCUAACUCCAACAUUCAAGAAGAAAAGACCCCAGUUGCUCAAAUACUAUAAGGAUGUGAUUGACAACAUGUACAAGGGUACCAAAUGAACCUAACAGCUGAGGUUACCUGUCCCUUUUUUUACUUUUGAUCUUUCAAUCUUAAUUUAUCUUCUUUUUUUUGUUGUUGGUACUGUAUAUAUCACAUGAAAAUGAUGAAGUUGUUUUAUCAAACUGGGUUUGACUGUAGUACAAGUGAAUUUGUUUAUUUUAUGUUCAGUAUUAUUUAUUUA